CCCACCCCGGACCUGGUCUAAUCAGCCCCCGGCAGGACCCGGAGGCAGGAGGGAACGCCCGGGGCGGGGCUAACGUGGGGGCGGGGCCAGCCACACUGGGGUCUCCAGUCCGCCCCGGGAGAGUUCCGGCGGCAAUCAGCGCGCGGAUGCUGCAGGUUCACAUCCCUUCUGUGGGACCCGAGGCCGAGGGGACCCGGCAGAGCCCCGAUAGAGGGCACAUGGUGUUCCGAGUGGAGGUGCUGUGCCGCGGGCGCAGACAUACCGUGCAGAGGCGCUACAGCGAGUUCCACGCGCUGCACAAGCGGGUGAGGCAGCAACCAACCGACCGACCCCGCCCAGCUCCUGCCCACCCUCUGGGAGGCGGGCAGACGAGCUGGCAGGCCCCAGUCUCUGCCAUCCCCAUUAUCGCCCCAGGCCCUGGAGACCCCUGCGGGCUGCGGGAUGGGCGCAAAGGGGCAGGUCCCAGUCUCUGUUGUCCGUGCCCUGGCGCAGCCAGCCCGCUGUCGGGCGUUUUGGGGGUGAAGGGUCAGGUUGGGGCGCCUCUCGCCCUUGUCCCAUCCACCAUUCACCACGCGGAUCAAGAAACUAUACAGAGUUCCCGACUUCCCCUCGAAACGCCUGCCCAACUGGAGGACCAGAGGAUUGGAGCAGCGGCGGCAGGGCUUGGAGGCCUAUAUCCAGGGCAUCCUAUACUUGAACCAGGAUGUGCCCAAGGAACUACUGGAAUUCCUGAGUCUUCGGCACCUCCCCACAGACCCCAAGGCCAGCAGCUGGGGCUCACAGCUGUGCCACAGGCCAGUCAUCAGCUUCUGCGUGGACCCUUACAUUUGCAUCCCCCCCCCAGGGCCUCUGCCUGACAUGGUGGUGAAUGGCGUGCUCCAGGGUCUCUACGGCUUCAGCACCAGCACAGCUAAAACCGAGCCAGAGGAUGCCUGUCACCCUGCUCCAGUGCCACUGACGCCCUGACCAGCCCAGAGGCCCUUAGGCCACCUGCCAGGACAGUCAUGUGCCUCAGUCCCGUAAAAGGGACAUAGGCUGCGUUGCCCUUGGCUUGGAUCCAGAACUCACCACCCCUCCAGGCUCAGCACUGAGCUACACGGGUAGCUGGGGCGUAGAACUCCUGCAUCUUAGAGCCCAGGGGCCAGGGCGGGGACAACAGAGGACAGGGAGAAGGUUACAGGUGUAUUUCUUCACCUCUAUCAGGAGGAGGGGAGGGGACAUG